AUGAAGUGUCUAUAGUCAAUAAUCUCAUUUGCUGUGCUGGCCCUUUUCGGACUUGCAUCUGCUGCAAUCUAAAAACAAACUCAUACUAAAAAUUUCGCAGAUCACACAUAACAUGGCACUCCAUCACUAAAUAGAGAGGCUGCAGCUGGUCUCGGAACUGGAUUCGGAAUCCUUGGAGUUUUAAUGAUUUUCUCUUGUGUAAAAAUCAUAAUGGAAGAGAUGUGGAAACAUAAGGACUAAAAUUAAAAGACCUAAGCUGCUAUCCAAAAAUUUAGAGAACUUGGUUUGAACCAAAAAGAAAUAGAUGAUGAAUACGAUGAGAUAAUUUUGUAUAGAGGAAAGACUGAGGAGCAAGCUGCAUUGAUCAGAGCAAAGAGAUAAAGAAGAGGAGGAGCUGUAGCUGUAUCAUAAAACGACCAAGGAGAACACGAAGAACGCCUUUGA